AUGCUGCCGCGGUGUUGGGUUGUGGCAUCGCGGGUGCACGCCGCAGCGCAGCGACGAAGCGUCGUCGUGAAUGCGGGCACGGGUAAAUUUAUCGUCGGCGGGAACUGGAAGUGCAACGGCACGGCGGAGUCCGUCAAGUCGCUCGUGAAGGAACUAAACUCUGGGAAAAUCGACGCCGACGUUGACGUCUACGUCGCGCCUCCGUUCGUCUUCAUUCCUCGAGUGCAAAAGGAGCUCAACAACAAAAACUACGCCGUCGCCGCGCAGAACUGUUGGGUCUCCGCGGGUGGGGCGUUCACGGGUGAGGUGAGCGCGGAUAUGCUCGCCGACGCCGACAUUCCGUGGGUGAUUCUCGGGCACAGCGAACGCCGCGCGCUCUGCGGCGAGACGAACGAGUUCGUCGGGGAGAAGACCAAAUAUGCCUUGAGCAAGGGAUUGAAGGUUGCUUUGUGCAUCGGUGAGACGUUGGAACAGCGCGAAGCGGGCACGACUCUGGAUAUUUGCCGCGCGCAACUCAAGGCGGUGAACGACGUCGUGACCGCGGCGGACUGGGAAAACAUCGUCAUCGCGUACGAGCCCGUUUGGGCGAUCGGUACCGGCAAGGUCGCGACGCCGGACCAAGCGCAAGAAGUGCACGCGGGCAUUCGCAAGUGGUGCGCGGAUAAUAUUUCUCCGGCGAUUGCGUCGAAGAUUCGCAUUCAGUACGGCGGCAGCGUCAACGCCGGCAACUGCGACGAAUUAGCUCAGAAAGAGGACAUUGACGGCUUUCUCGUCGGCGGCGCGUCUUUGAUCGGCGAGGCUUUCGUGACGAUUUGCAACAGCGCCAAGCACUCUAAGUGAGCGAAGCGAACGAAGAGUGCGUGAACCUAUCCAAUCCUAUUCGAAUUGUCGCCGCGUGCGGCGCGCGCGCGCACCCCUGAAUUAGUAGACUCAAUAUAUAUUUCUCGAACGCGAGCGUUCGCGGAGACGAGGCAAAAGUGUAAUGUUAACCGUUUACGUUGCGUUCUA